AUGGCACAACUGCAUAUUGUCCUUUUCCCAGCCAUGUCAUACGGCAGAAUAAUCCCCACCCUUGACUUGGCCAAGCUCUUCACUUCCCGUGGACUAAGAGCUACCAUCAUCAUCACCCCUCCUUUUGCCCCGACCGUCGAGCCUGCCCGCUCCUCCGGCCACGACAUCGGCCGUAAGACCCUCGAUUUCCCGCCUGAAAACUCCCUCCUCCCGAAAAACAUCUUCAGUCUCGACCAGGUCUUGAGCCCCGAACUCUUGGCCAAGUUCUUCGAGGCCACGGCCCUCCUGCGGGACCCGCUCGAGUGCCUCCUCCUCGACCUCAACGCCAACUGCCUCGUCUCGGGCGUAUUCCUCCCCUGGACGGUGGGCCCCACCAACACGCUCGGCAUCCCGCGGCUCAUUUUCCAAUGCUGGGGCUGCUUUGCCCUUUGCGCCUCCGAGCACAUGCGCGGCCACGAGCCACACAAAAGCCUAUCUUCCGACUCGGACACUUUUGUCCUUCCUGGCCUUCCCCACGAGCUAACGUUCGUUCGGAGCCAGGUUCCGUCAGAAGACGAGAACAGUUUGUUCUCGAGGAUUAAGGAGAGGAUGAGGGAGACGGAUAGGGAGAGCUUCGAGGUCGUCGUCAACAGCUUCUACGAACUCGAGCCAGACUACGCCAAUCACUACAAGAAUGUGCUCGGGAUGAAGACGUGGCACGUGGGCCCGCUACUCCUACUAUGCAAUGACGAAGGGGAUAAAGGGAAGUCGUGGAGGGGGGAAAAGUCGGACAUCGACGAGAACGACUGCCUCGCGUGGCUCGACUCGAAGAAUCCCGGCUCGCUGCACGAGAUGGCCGCGGGACUCGAGUCGUCGGGCCACGACUUUGUGUGGGCGGUGAGGCACGAGGAAAAAGAGGAUCCGCUGCCGGAGGGGUUUGAGGAGCGGACGAGGGGAAAAGGGCUCGUGAUAAGGGGGUGGUCCCCACAGUUGACGAUUUUGGGGAAUGAGGCCGUGGGGGUGUUUGUGACGCACUGCGGGUGGAACUCGAUUUUGGAAGGGGUGUCAGCGGGGGUGCCGAUGGUGACGUGGCCGGCGUUUGCGGAACAGUUUUAUAACGAGAAGCUGUUGACUGAGGUGCUUCGGGUGGGGGGGAUCGGGUGGGAGGCGGUGAGGGCGGCGGUGCAAAAAGUAAUGACCGAUGACGAGAUGAGGCGUCGGGGCAAGGAUUUAAGGGUGAUGGCGAAGAGGGCCGUGGUGGAGGGUGGGUCAUCGUACGAGGGUUUGAAUGCGUUGAUCGACGAGCUUGGUUUAUGUGCCUCCUAUAAAACAGGACAACAACUAGAGAACAAAGAAUUUGAAGUUCGGUGA